UCACUGUCUUGUUCAACCGGUUGAACGACGCGAACGAACGAACGAACUUUUAUUAUUGUUUAUUUUUUGUUUUUUAACGAACUUUAGAAUAAGUUUAGCAGCUUUUUUGCAAAGUAGAAACGAGAAUUAAGAAAUGUAAUUUUUUGUUUGUCUUUUAUAAAGUUUUUUGGUUGUAAAAAGAGUGAAUUUUUGUUUUGUUUACCUGUGCAAAGUGAUUGAUAUAUUUUGAUGCGCAUUAUUGGAUUGCACCAUUUUCUUAUUGCAAGAUCAUGUCAAUCUAAAGAUGCAGACCUCGAGGGAGCCAGGUAGACAGAAGCGCAACAUCAAACGUCGAAACUCCAGAAAGAAGUCUCUCUCACCCUCAGACCUGAAAUGUCGCGAGAACGAGAACAAGCUACGGUCCCUCUCGGAGGGUUCCGUGAAGGUCCGCCACAAGAAGAGCAAUAUACAGAGGACUUUGACUCAUCCGAUCACGUGCGACGAACCAAUAGUGUUUGUGAAAAGUGAGGUGCCGGAAAGUGAUGAAUCAAAUAUCCCGGCCAGUAGUGACAGGGAUACGGAGGAUGAUAGGAAGGUGGUGACGAAGAAGUGGGAUUCGGGAAGUGAGAUGGAUUCCGCUGUUACUAUUGCUGUGAGGAAGGCGAGGAGACGGCGCACGGCUGCUUAUGAUAGCGUGUUGAGCAGCGAGGCGGGUGAAGCGAGCGAGGGGGAGGCCGGGCGCAUGCGGCCCGAGGACUACCGCCUCGUGUUCCUCAGCUCGGACUCGUCGUGCCGCGAGGACACGGAGGACAGCGCGUCCACCGCCUCCUCCGCCGCGCCCCCCGCGCCCGACGACUGCGACUGGGACUACUUCGAGCCAGGCGCCCCGCCGCCCCCGCCCCGCCGGCCGCCCGCCGUGCCCCCCGCGCCCGCCUGCGCCCGCGCCUGUUCGUGCGGCGCCGAGCCCCGCGUCGUCGCCGUACCCGUGCCCGUCCCCGUGCCCGUGCCCGCCGCGCUCUGGCCCGCUCUGCUCGCCUUCCCCCCCGCCCCGCCCGCGCCCCACUGGCACACCUACCCCGGCCUGCCGCUCGAUGCCGCCGCCCUCGCGCGGUUCACCACCGCGGCCGCCGUCGCCGUCACCGCCGCCGCCACUGCCCACGCCCUGCCGCACAACGUCGUGAAAACGGUGGAGAGAUCGGACAAGGCGAUCCAGGUAUCGAGCGCGCGGCCGCCGCGUCAGACGGCAUCGGAGUGA